AAGCCAGGUCAGAAUGUGGAGGAAGGGAGCCGGGUCAGAGCCUAGCUGGUAGAGAGAGAGAGAGAGAGAAGGAGAGAGAGAGAAUUGCCUUCUCAUCUUCUGGCUAUUCCUGGGGAUUGAGUAACUGGAAUCAAGGAAAGCAGAAGAGAAGAACGAGAAUCGGUGGCAGAGGCAGUGACACAGGAGGCAGAUUAUUGGGGAGCGAGAGGGCAAAAAUCAUAAAAAAGGAGAGAGAAGAGCAACAGAUGGGGACUACUGCACGAAGAGAGAUGUGAAGAGGGAGUGAACGAAGGGAAAGAGUGAAGGGAUCAUAGUAUCGUCCCUAUAAGGUGGUGGGUAUUGGUCUGGCAACAAGCCAGAGAUGGGUCAAGCCUUCAGGAAGCUCUUCGAUACCUUCUUCGGCAACAAAGAGAUGAGGGUUGUGAUGCUUGGACUGGAUGCUGCUGGAAAAACAACAAUCUUGUACAAACUACACAUUGGGGAGGUUCUAUCCACUGUGCCAACCAUAGGUUUCAAUGUAGAGAAGGUUCAGUACAAAAAUGUACAGUUCACUGUAUGGGAUGUUGGGGGCCAGGAGAAGCUUCGACCUCUAUGGAGGCAUUACUUUAAUAAUACUGAUGGCCUGAUUUAUGUUGUUGAUUCUUUGGACAGGGAGCGCAUUGGUAAAGCAAAAGCAGAGUUUCAGGCAAUCAUUAGCGACCCAUUCAUGUUGAACAGUGUCAUCUUGGUAUUUGCAAACAAACAAGACAUGCGAGGAGCCAUGAGUCCAAUGGAAGUUUGUGAAGGUCUUGGACUUCGUGAUCUGAGGAACAGAAGAUGGCAUAUUCAGGGAACAUGUGCAAUUAAAGGAGAUGGUCUCUAUGAAGGUCUAGACUGGCUGGCAAGCACCCUGAAGGAAUUGCAAGCCUCUGGAUAUUCCACGUCCACUGGCAGUGGUGCAUUCUGAAUUCUGAUUGUGCAGGUGAAACAAUCCCUAGGUCGAUGCGUUGUGGCAAUGAUUGACCUUGUUCUUUCCGCUACCAUGAAUCAAACGAUAAAAGCAGAGGAAAGUUUGUGGACAUGAUCGGCUCACUUUUACUGGUUCUGAAAUGAUGAGAAUGAGAGAAAGAUGCUGUAGUUCAUAUUUAUAAAGAGACCAUGAUACUGUGACAUGGUAGAAGAUCGUCAAUUCGACAUUGCCAACCACGUUGUGUGCAGGGUUGGCAGAUUUCCUCAUCACAUGAGUUGCAUACAUGUACUCCUUUUUGUUGGAUGAUUGGCAAAAAUAAUGAGUUUCUGUUUCCUUUUUCCA